CUGCAUCGCGUUAGCGGCUGCUCCGUGCGCGCUCAAGCUGUCAAACUUCACACCGCUUUUCACGCUGCACCCGUCGAGCCGCAAACUAUUUCUGCGAACCGUUCCCUCGCUUUUUUCUUUCUUCCAACUCACUCGUUCCUGCAGAUUCCCACCAAGGCAACCCUGGGUGGUAAUUUUUGAGGGACAUGCCCCCGCGAAGCGUCUGCUUGAAUGUGUUUACGACUAGCCUUGGCAAUGGGAAAGAGGCAGGUGUGUCGGUGAGGGAAGUCGACGGGGAGAGAAUGGAGGGUGUUGUUGAGCAAAAGAAGGAAGAGAGAGUGGAAGACAGAGGAAGGCAUGACAGUGCGCAAUGGAGUCCAAAUGAUUCCAUCGCUGCGCAUCCGGAAUCCCCUAUCGCUACCACAAAUCCUGCUUCAACUUUCGCUACUGCGCCCAAUAUUUCUCUCCCUGACGAUAUGGAUUACCUCGGGGCUCCGCUUGGGCGUGAAGGACGUCGGGCUCAGGAAACGCAAGGAUCUCCUACAGCCUCGGGCCCUACACAGCCGGCCGCCAAUGCAUCAGCUCCAGCGCAACAGUACGGCACUCCAUCGCCGCUCCACCAGCAGGCUCAACAGCGGGCUCAAAGUAUCGCGGGUCCCAAUGUCUCGUAUCCCGCUGGUUCUGUGCCAGCUCUAGCGCAACAGUACGGCGAUCCAUAUGUGUUCCGGCCGCAAGGUCAAAGUAAUCCGGCUCCUACCGCCUCAUAUCCCGCCGGUUCUACACCAGCUCUAGCGCAACAGUAUGGCGAUCCCUACGUGUUUCGGCAGCAAGGUCAAAGUAAUCGGGCCCCUGCCACCUCGUACCCGCAGUAGAAUUGCGACGACCCCUUGGCCCCCAAUCGACACUACAUACACUUCUACGCAAAGACACCCAACGAUUUCUAUGGCGCUCUCAUCGACUGCUUCAA